ACUUGAGUCAACAUAUUAACCCGACUUAGAGAAUUCUUCAUUACAACUUCAGGCGUCCCAAAAAACAAAAAGUGUCGGAAAGUUUAACAAUCACAGCAUCAUGGAAGCAGAGCUAAAGGCGAUUCUCAACGAUCUUGACGAUCUCAAACGAUCUUCUUCUGAUUCAUCUCUCCAAAAUUCAAUGGAUCAGUUGCGAAUUCGAGUAGAGCAUCUUGCUUCUCUUGCAGAGUCAGCACCAGUUCGGCGUUCCAAAGUCAAGGAUAUGAGUGCAGAGGUUAUAGACAGUAAUCCUUACAGUCGAUUAAUGGCACUUCAGAGAAUGGGCAUCGUCUCUAAUUAUGAAAGAAUACGGGAUUUCUCUGUUGCAGUUGUUGGUAUAGGUGGAGUUGGAAGUGUUGCAGCUGAGAUGCUCACCAGAUGUGGCAUAGGUCGACUUUUGCUUUAUGAUUAUGAUACCGUUGAAUUGGCUAAUAUGAAUAGGCUUUUUUUCCGUCCUGAGCAGGUUGGUAUGACGAAGACUGAUGCUGCUGUCCAAACUCUAUCUGAUAUAAAUCCUGAUGUUGUACUUGAGAGCUAUACAAUGAACAUUACAACAGUGGAUGGAUUUGAAACUUUCAUGUCUAGUUUGAAAAAGAAAACAUUUCGCUUAGAUAAAGAAGGAUGUGGGGUGGAUCUUGUUUUGAGUUGUGUGGACAAUUAUGAAGCAAGGAUGGUCGUAAAUCAGGCAUGCAAUGAAUUGAAUCAGACAUGGAUGGAGUCUGGUGUUUCUGAGGAUGCUGUAUCUGGUCAUAUACAAUUAUUAAUUCCAGGAGAAACAGCUUGCUUUGCAUGUGUUCCCCCCCUGGUUGUGGCAUCAGGAGUUGAUGAGCGUACACUGAAGCGUGAAGGCGUCUGUGCAGCUUCUCUCCCAACUACAAUGGGGGUUGUUGCUGGACUUCUUGUUCAAAAUACACUCAAAUAUCUUCUACAAUUUGGACAAGUUUCACGAUACUUGGGUUACAAUGCUUUGAAAGACUACUUCCCAACUAUGGAAAUGAAACCAAACACACAAUGUCCAAAUACCGCUUGCCUGGAGAGACAGAAAGAAUACAUGUUGGCAAAACCUUCAAGAGAUGCUGCAGCCAAAGCCAAGUUGGAGGCAGAAGCAUUAGUUGCUGAGGAAAUUCCUCUCCAUGCUGAUAAUGAAUGGAAUAUCAGUGUUGCUGAUGAUGCUGAGCCAGAAGAUUCGGUUACUCGAAGUACAGAUGCCCUUCCUGAGGGUCUAGUACAUGAGCUCCCUGCUGCAGACGAAUACAAACAUGCACCCCCAUUGGAGCAAGAUGCACAAGGUGCAGACUCAACUGAUGACCUUGAAGAGCUGCGUAGACAGCUUGAGGCGCUUAAUGGAUAGGGUUAUUCUUGAGAUCUUUUUUUUUUCCUUACAAUUAGAAAAGGAUGUUAGAAUUAAACAGAUAGGAAGUCCGAAGUUGAGCACUUUUUGGAAUUGAGUUGUAUACAAUUGUUGCAAAAAAAAAGCUGCUUUAAACUGUUCUGUACAAAGAUUAUGAGCACAAUUUUGAUGAUUUAUCUAGAGCUGUAACUGUACAUGGUUUUGCAUGUGCCUUGUUAAACAGACUUAAUGUCCGAAAUGGGAGCUAUUGUUUCA